AGGGAGGCAAGUGUCAGGCCGAUGUGUCGCCCGCGAGGGGCCGGGGUCGGGGCCGCCGGGGCCAUGCGCGUGGUCUGGGCAGGGGGCCAGCGGGGCGCAGAGCGGAGCCGCCUCGGAGCCUGAGCCGCCCGGGGCCGGGGAGCCGCGCGGGGCCGGCCGGCCGGGGGGAGGGGAGCGAUGCGGCGCCGGCGAGCGGCAGUGGCCGCGGGUUUCUGCGCCUCCUUCCUGCUGGGCUCCGUCCUCAACGUGCUCUUCGCUCCGGGCUCGGAGCCUCCGAGGCCAGGCCAGUCCUCUGAGCCUUCGCCGGCCCCGGGCCCGGGCCGUCGCGGGGGCCGCGGGGAGCUGGCCCGGCAGAUCCGGGCGCGCUACGAGGAGGUGCAGCGCUAUGCCCGCGGGGGCCCCGGGCCCGGGGCGGGCCGGCCGGAGCGGCGGCGCCUGAUGGACCUGGCUCCGGGCGGGCCCGGCCUGCAGCGCCCCCGGCCCCCUUGGGCCCGGCCCCUGCCCGACGGCGCCCCAGGCUGGCCCCCGGCUCCCGGCCCAGGCUCCCCCGGACCGGGCCCGCGCCUGGGCUGCGCCGCGCUUCGCAACGUGUCCGGCGCGCAGUACGUGGGCUCAGGCUACACCAAGGCCGUGUACCGGGUCCGCCUGCCCGGCGGCGCCGCGGUGGCGCUCAAGGCGGUGGACUUCAGCGGCCACGAUCUGGGCAGCUGCGUGCGCGAGUUCGGGGUACGGAGGGGCUGCUAUCGGCUCGCGGCCCACAAGCUGCUUAAGGAGAUGGUGCUGCUGGAGCGGCUGCGGCACCCCAACGUGCUGCAGCUCUAUGGCUACUGCUACCAGGACAGCGAGGACAUCCCAGACACCCUGACCACCAUCACGGAGCUGGGCGCCCCUGUAGAAAUGAUCCAGCUGCUGCAAACUUCCUGGGAGGAUCGAUUCCGAAUCUGCCUGAGCCUGGGCCGCCUCCUCCACCACCUGGCCCACUCCCCACUGGGCUCCGUCACUCUGCUAGACUUCCGCCCUCGACAGUUUGUGCUGGUGGAUGGGGAGCUCAAAGUGACGGACCUGGAUGACGCACGUGUGGAGGAGACGCCGUGUGCAGGCAGUGCUGACUGCAUACUCGAGUUUCCGGCCAGGAACUUCACCCUGCCCUGCUCAGCCCGUGGCUGGUGCGAGGGCAUGAACGAGAAGCGGAACGUCUAUAAUGCCUACAGGUUUUUCUUCACAUACCUCCUGCCUCACAGCGCCCCGCCUUCACUGCGUCCUCUGCUGGACAGCAUUGUCAACGCCACGGGAGAGCUCACCUGGGGGGUGGACGAGACCCUGGCCCAGCUGGAGAAGGUGCUGCACCUGUAUCGGAGUGGGCAGUAUCUGCAGAACUUCACGGCAAGCAGCAGUACUGAGUACCAGCGCAUCCCAGACAGCACCAUCCCCCAGGAGGACUAUCGCUGCUGGCCAUCCUACCACCAUGGGAGCUGCCUCCUUUCAGUGUUCAACCUGGCUGAGGCUGUGGACGUCUGUGAGAGCCAUGCCCAGUGUCGGGCCUUUGUGGUCACCAACCAGACCACCUGGACAGGUCGGCAGCUGGUCUUUUUCAAGACUGGAUGGAGCCAAGUGGUCCCUGAUCCCAACAAGACUACAUAUGUGAAGGCCUCAGGCUGACCUGUCUGAGGGCUCGGCUGACCAGCUGACUAUCCUCAGCAGUGGGGCUUGCCUGUGGAGGGAGUGACUUGCGCUGGCAGCGCUGCAUGUCACCUGGGAACCCCUGCAGACAAAGCUGACAUCCCAGACAGACCGAUGUGACCAGGACAAACGUGCAAUAAUGCCAAAUGUUAAAAUGUGAGUUUACCAGCCUAGCUAUGGGACUGCUGGCUCCUAGUCCAGGAAUCUUGGGGGGAUGACUGCCUCUCCAACCCUCUGGGCUGCAAGCAAGCUCAGGCUAGUCUCCCCAGUAGGGGCUGUGUCCCUCCCCGGGACAGUUCUGUGAGCAGCCCCGUCACUGUGUUCAGUAGUGUGAGAAUGUAGCUAAAGCCCCUGCUGCUGCUGCUGCUGCUGUACUUGCCACGGCAGGCGGGGGGCUGCGUGGGGACAAUCCAUCGCUGAGUGUUCUCUCAGCUUAGGUCUGGACAGGAGACUUGGCGGGGGAAGCUCCAGGAUGUGGGUGAUUCUGUACCUGGGGAGGCUAUCUCUGACCUCCCGACAGAGGGCAGGCACUCCCAGGCCAGCCCAGGGGUCAGGGGCAGAGGUGCACACCUCAGCAUGAGCCAAGACUGGGGUCGGAGGGGAGCAGGUGCGGUUUGAGCCAGGACCUGGGGUGGGGGUGGGGCCGGGGCCUUUCUGCCUCAUUUGCUUUCAAUGAAAGCCGCAAAGCAGCCAAAACCAGGCUCUCCCCCUUCCUGGAGUUUGAAUAUCCAGAAUCUUUUGUACUUCUUGUUCACUAAAUUGUUUAUUUUUGUAAAAAAUAAAAUAAAAUAAAAUUAGUUAAUAAAA